AUGUUUCAAAACAUCCCCAUAGAGGUCAUUCAAUUUGACAUUUGCUCCUAUCUCGAUACACGUUCCAUUGUCUCACUCUCCCAAUGCCACUCCCAUCUCUACGACGAGAUCAGUAACUCGGAUGUGGUUUGGCAAACUCUCCUCUUUCAACAAUUUAAGAACAUUGAGUGUCCACUUUGGCUAAAAGAUCUACACCCUUAUACAUCCUCUGAUCGGCAACAUUCUUCAAUGAAUACUUUAUCCAAAUCAAUACUUUCCUCUGCAGUGAAAUGCUUUGAACAAUUGGCCACAACCAUCUACAGAAAAAAGAAAGUACAACAGGAUUGGACAGAUCAUUCCGUUUGGGAUAACAUGGACGAUUGGGAGGAUCUUGAAAUUAAUCGAACCAUUCUCGACUAUGAACUUCGAGGAAUUCUCUAUGCAUACAAAAACCAAUUCAUCUUUCAUUGCUUUCGAUUGUUUUCCUUUGACAGCACAUUUGAGAGAGCAACUUCAUGUUUGGGCUUUACCCUCUCAAAUCACCUUCUCAAACCUUGUCACACUCAACUCACUCAUGGAUGGGAAACUUGUGUCUGUAAAAAGGAAUUGCGCAGAGGUUACAGAUACUUUUGGUGUGUUCAUUUAACACUCUAUGAAGAUGAUCCUUCAGCGCACGAUUGGAAAGUGUUAAUUGGUGUUGAUAACAUGCCAAAUGGUCCACGAUCAUCAACGUCUCCUCAUUCAACAUGUUUUGGUCAACAGUUUCCUUCGAUUGGGUUUGGAUACAAUGUUGGAUCAGAUUGUGAACAUCCUUGCUUUCAACGUGGCACAAGACCUUUGAACAAGAAUGCUAACAAGCAGGGUGAUUUGAUUGGAGUAGAAUUCUAUUUUCCAAAAAGUGGAAAUGAUCUACGAGAUCGACCCGAGCUCACAUGUUACAUUCAGAAUGGUAAACAAGUGAGACACAUGUAUGGAAAUAAUAGACCCAACAUUGCAGAGACGUAUCGACCAGUGAUUUCUCUAAUUUCCAGGCAAUAUGCUGUUUCUGUCUUUCCAUGGGAUGGAGAUGUCGAAAAAUUAAUGUCCAUUUCUAUGAAUUAA